AUGAAUUAUAGUUCAUUAAAAAAAAAUUUAAUAAUUAAAUUUAAUAUAGAUAACAAAAAUGACAUCAAAGAAAAGAAAAUUAAAAUAAAAUCAAUUAACAAAAAUUUUAAUUUAAAUUUAAAAGAAAAAGAUAGGACUAGUGAAAUUAGUAAUGAUAAGAAUAAUGAGUUUGAUAUUCUUCAUGAAAUGGAUUUCAUCCUAAAAGAAAAAACUACUAUAAAAAAUAAAAAUGUUAUAAAUAUAACAGGGAAAAAUUCUAUUGAUAAAAGAAAUAAAAGUGAAAGUGUUGAUUUAAUUGAAAAUAUAGAAAGAAAAAAUUAUAAAGAAAUAUAUAAACAAAAUAAAUACAAUGAAGAAAAAGAUAAAAUGUUUAAAAAAAAAAUGAAUAUAGUUGAAGCAAGUUUUAGUGUAAUAAAUAAAUGGAAUAAUCAUAAUGACCUAGUAGAAUUCGUUAAAAAUAAUCUAAAAAAUAAUGAAUUUAUAUAUGUAAAAAGGUUGUCUAAUAAUUGUUAUGAAAAAAUUGAUGCUAGAAACAAAAAAGAAACAGAUUUUAUGUCGAUUUCUUUAAAUGGAGUAAUGAUAAAUGAAAAAAAUGAGUCAAGUUUUUACGAGUUAAAUGAAUGGAGAGAUUUCAUAACAUUAUUAAACGGUGCUUUAAAUUUAAAAUUUGUUAAAAAAUUUAAAUUAUAUAAAUAUUUCUUUUUACUAAAAAAUAUGAUUAAGCACACAAAAUUUAAAAAGAAGAAAAAUUAUAUUAAAGAAAAUUUAUUAUUUUUAAAUAGAGAAUUCUUUAAAGGGUUUAUUCAAAUACAGGUUAUCCUUUAUGAUUUGAACGAUAAUAAAUUAAUUGAUAUAAAUAUAAAUAAUAUGAGCAUAGAACAAUUUAAAGAAAUUCAAAAUGAUUAUUUUUUAAAAAUCGAUAGUUUUAUAAAAAAUAAGUUGAAGCAUAUUACUAAUAUAAUUUGUAAAUAUUGUAUCAAAUCAUUAAACACUUUUUUAAAAAAAAAUGGAAUUUUAGAGGAUAAUAAUAAAGUAGAGAAAGAAUUAAAUAUGUAUGAAAAUAAAGAAAAUUUUAAGGCAUUCCCUAAAGUUGUAAAUAAAAAUAUAUCAAAAAAUACUCAAAAAAAAAGUACAAAUGUAGAUGUAUAUUAUAAUAAAAUAGCUCUCAGUAAUUGCUACUGUAUUUAUGUAAAACGUUUUAUUCAUUUAUGUCAGUAUUUAUGCGAUAAUACAUUAAGAAAUAUGAUUAUUAACACAUAUGAAUAUUUUCUAAAACUUUUAAAUAAUUAUUUUGAAGUUAAAGAAGAAAAAAACAAUCAAAUUAGCAAUGUGGACAAAAAUAAUGAUAAUAAUACUUUUAAAAAUGAGAGAACAUAUAAAUUAAUUAAAAUUGAUGAAAAGGAAAACAAUAAUAACAACAAUGAUAACAAUAAUAACAAUAAUAAAAAUAAAAAUGAAAUAUGCUUAUUUAAUGUUAUUUUAAUAAUAGAAAAUAAUGAAUUAAAAAUAAUACCUGAAUAUGAUUUGUUAAUAAAUACUAUUAUGUAUUAUAUUAAUAUGAGUAUAGAAAAUAUAUGCAAAAGAGAAGAAUUUUUCAAUUCAUUCAAAAUAAAAGAAUUUUUCAAAAAUCAAAUAUUUACAGACAACAUUAUAUAUAAAGAAAAGAAUAAUGAAGAUUUAAAUUAUGACAAGAACUUUUCUAAUUUUAUUAAUAAUGAUGAUACAAUAAAUAAUCUUCAUUCAGAAUUAAAAGAUAAAAUGAAAAUAUUAUAUAAUUCUAUGGUUGAUGUAUGCAAUGAUUUUAAGGAUAUUAUAAAAUUACACAAUAAAUAUGAAAAAAUAGAAAUAGAAAAAAUAAAUAUAAUGGAUGCUAAUUAUAUUUCCUUUUUAUUUACCUCAUUCAAAGAACAUGAGAAUAAAAUCAAAAGGAUGAAUAAAGAAAUAAAUAUCCAUUUAUUUAAAGUUAAUAAUACUAUAUUAAUUGAUUAUUUAUUAAAAAAUAUAAAUAAAAAGUGGAAUAAUUUAAUUAAUUAUUUGCCCUCAUUAAAUAAUCAAACCAUUGAUGAUUUAACAGUCAAAUUAGAUAAUUCUCUUAAUAUUAUUAAUAAAAAUCCUACAACCAUUGAUGAAUUAGUUUCUUAUAUAGAUUUUGUUAAUUCUUUUAAUGAUGAAUUAAUAACAAUAGAAGAAAAUAUUGAAUCCAUUUCUUCUUUAUUUUUACUAUUUAAAAAAUAUUAUAUAAAUAUUAGUGGUAAUCAAACAACUAAGAUUUUUCAUAUUAACCAAAAAAUAAAUUCUUUAAAAUCUAUCUUAAAUCAUGAAAAAAAUUAUGAUCUUCAAUUUAGUGAUUUAUAUAAAGAUUUAAUUUUUCGUAUUAAUGAAAUUGAAAAAAAAAUUCAAAAUUUUGUAAAUAUAAUGAAAACUAACAUGUUAGAAAAUAAUUUUAAUUACAAUUUAAAUGAUAUUCUUCAAGAACUUUCAUUUGUUACACCAAUUAAUGAUAUUAAUCAUAUUUAUUAUACAAAAAAAAAAGAAAGAAAAAAUGAUGAAAACAAUAUAAUUAUUCAAGAAAAAAAAUCAAUUAAUGAUAUCAGUAGUUCAGUAGAUAUUGAUAUAAGUAAGUUAACUGAUUAUGUGAAUGAAACAAAUGAUUAUAUAAAUAAAUAUUUUAUUAAUGAUAAUAACGAAAUAGUAAUUAAUGAUGAUGUGAAAGAAGAAUUCUACAUUUUUGAUCUUCUUGAAUUUCUAAGAUUAAAAAUAAUAGAUAUAAAAAAAGACGUAGAUAAAUAUAUAUAUUAUCAAAAAGUUUUGAAAAAAAAGAAAAACGAAUUUGUUAAUUUUAGUUUGUUAACCAAUAUGUUCAUAAAUAAUAGUUUAACUAUAUAUACGUUUUUCAAAUAUAUAUGUUCUAACGAAAAAUACAAAAAAGAAAAAAUUUUUAAUAUUAAUUUAGAAGAAUUAUCAAAUGAAUUAAAUACAAUAAAUAUGUCCUUUAAAGAAAUAAAUAAAAAUUUUGUAAACAGUGAAUUUUAUGAAAAAUGUAAAAAAUUUCACAAAACAUAUGACCAUAUAAUGAAAAUUUUGAAAUUACUUACAAUAAUAUAUAAGAAUGAUAAAUAUUUUAAAAGAGCUAUAAAUAUAUUAAACCACUCUAAAAAUGUUGAAAAUACAGACAAUAUAAAUACUUUGUAUAUAAUGAAUAAAGAAGAUUCAACAAAAAAAGAAAAUGAUACUUUACAAAAGACAAAAUUGACAUAUGAUUAUAAUAAUAUAAAUCUCAGUGAUUUAUUUAGUCUGUCUUUUUCUAAUAGUAUACCAGAAAUAGAGAAUAUAUGUUUUGAAUAUGUAAAAGAAGAGAAAAUAAAUGAAAAAUUUCAAAUUUUAAAAAAUAUGUUGAAAAAAUAUAAAGUAGAUGUUUGUUUAAUGAAUAAAAAGGUAUAUUUUAUUAAUAAUAUAAAUGAAUUAAUUAUCCAUUUAAAAAAAAUUCUUUCAGAAUUAUUUAUUAUAGAAAAUGAUAAAUUUAGUAAACAUAUAUAUAAGGAUAUAUAUAAGUCAUCAGAGCAAAUAAAAAAUUUUACUAAUAUUCUAACUGUUAUAAAAAAAAUACAGAUAUAUUAUUUAAAUAUACAGAGAUACAAAACCAGUGAAUUAAAAAAAAUUUUAAAUUUAGACAAUUUUUCUACAAUCAUAAAAAAAUAUAAGCAACAAUGUGAAGAAUUUUUCAUUUAUCCUCAAUUAACAAAACAUAUAGAAAAAAAUUAUGAUAUAACAUACUUUAAAAACUUUAUGAAUCAAUUAAAAAAUAUAAUUAAUGAUUCCGAAAAGCAUAUAUUAGAUAAAAGAAAUGAGUUUUAUUUCUUUUAUUUAUUAAAUGAUGAGGAUUUCUUAAAAAUAUAUUUAGACUUAAAAGAUUUGAAAAGUUUAAACACAUAUGUGAAUAAAAUAUUUCCCAAUAUUAAGAAAAUAAUUUUUCAGAAUGAAACGAUCUGUGGUGUUCUAACUAAUGAUAAUGAAAGAAUAAUAUUUAAAGAAGGAAUAAAAUUUAAAAAAAUAGAAUUUUUACUAAAUGAAAUUAGUAAUGAAAUACAACAUUCUGUAAUGAAAAAUAUUCAUAAUUAUGUUAAAAAUAAUAACUUUUAUUCUUCCUUAAAAGAAGAUUCAUAUUUAUAUUUUAUCAAUAUAGAUAAUUUACAAUUAUUAUUUAUUUUAUUAAACAUAUAUUUUACAUAUGUCUUGGAUUAUGUUAUUAAAAAUCCCUUAAAAAAUAAAAAUAUUGUUUUUAUAAUUUCACAAAAUAUUUCGAAAAUGAUUGAAGAAAGAAAAAAUAAUAACCAUAUAAAAAAUGAAAUACAAAAUAAUAAUCAUAAUAAUAAAUGUUAUGAUCAUGAUAAGAAAAAUUACAUUUUUAUUUUAACCUUUUUUAUGUAUACAAAAGAGAGAUUUCAAAAUUUUAUGAAUAACGAGCAUAACUUAUCAACUAAUAAUUUCAAUUAUCUUCAACAUGUAAAACAUUAUUAUGAUAAAGAUUAUUAUAUUCAAUUUUUUCAUUAUAAUAUGAAAUAUAAAUAUGAAUUAUUAAAUAAUUAUAACUAUACAUUAGACAUCAUAUAUAAUGAAAAAAAUUAUAAUUUAUUAUUUUAUAAAUAUUUAUCUAACAAUUUUAUUACCGUUUAUUCCGAUAGUCCUCACUCUAUUAAUUACUCUAAGAAUUUUUCCAUACUUUUAGGAUUUCAUUUUUUUUUCAUAAAUAAUAUUAAUUUACAGAAAAAUGAUAUAUUAAAUUACUUAUCUUGUUGUAUAAAAUCUAACAUAUCUUUAUUUUUUUAUGAAAUAAACAAAUAUAAGGAAGAUCUUUUAUCUCUAUUAAACGAGCAAUUAGUUAAUAUAAGUAAUCACAUUCUAAAUAAGAAGAAAACUAUUAUUAUAAAUAAUAAUGAAUUUAAUUUAAACAAAAAAAAUCUUAUAUAUUUAUCCUUAAAUCAAAACUAUAUUCCUUUAUAUGAUUAUUUUUCUGACAAAAAUUACAACUUUAGAAGUCUUCAAUUUUCAUUUUCUUUUUAUCAACCUACUAAACCUUUUUCAUUAUUCGUUUUUUAUUUGCUUUUCUUUUCUUAUGGAUGUUUAAAAUGUGAUAUGUUAACAAUGGCUACAUAUAAAACAUUUUCUUAUUUAAAACAACACAACAUAUUAAAAGGAUGCAUAAAUGAAAAAAAGUUUAUUAAUAUUAUAAAAUCAACUUUAAAAAAAAAUAAAAAUGAAGAAGAGCUUAACAUUUCAAAAAAAAUAAUAAAAUAUGUAUCAAACUUCGUAGAUAUUAAUAAAUUGGUAGAAUUAAUUAACAACAUUUGUUUAUUAUUUAAUUUGUCAAAAGAUUCUCAAAUAAAGUUGAAGAAAUUUUUAGACAAAAAAGAAAAAGAAAAAGAACACUAUUCUGAAAUUGAUAAUAAUUCACUAAAAUUAAAAGAUGAAAAAAAUUUCAAAAGUAAUGUUAAUAAAAUUGUAACUCAUUUGACAAAAGAAACAAAAUUGAAUUUUCUAAAAUAUCAAGUAAAUAAAGCUAUUGAAAUAUAUAAAAUAUUAAAUUUUAAGAACAAAAAUGGAAAUACUUAUAAUGAUAAUGAAGAAAAAAAAAUCAAAAAUAUAUUAAUAAUAGGAAAGAAUUAUUCUGGAAUUAAUACUAUUAUUUUCCUUUUAUAUAAUAUUUUAAAAAAUUUAGAAAAAACUGAAUUUUCUUCUUUUGAUUUAUGUUUUAUUGAAAGAAUUAAUUUAAAUUAUUGUAUGAAAAAAGAUGUUUUAAAAUUUGUAUUUAACGAAAAAAAUUAUUUUACUUUAGAACAAGAGCAAAAUGAAGAAAUUGAAACAAAAGAUAGUUUCAUAAUGGAAAAUACAAAUGAGAAAAAUUUACAAAAUGAUAUGAUAAAUAAAAAAAAUAUGAAAGUAGAAAAAGAAAAAAAAAAAGCUAAAUUAUAUGACAGUAAGACAAAAAAAAAUUAUAUUAAUGAUUUAAAAUAUAUAAAAUUAAAUUUAAAUAAAAAUGAAGAAAAUUAUAUAUACAAAAAUAAAAAUUUAUUAUUAAAAUUUAUAAAUGUAAGAGAAACAGAUUUAAUAGAAAAGAUGUGUAAUUAUAUUUUAAAAAAUAAUUUAUUUAGUGAAAUAAAUAGGAAAGAUAAUGGUUUUAAUUAUAACUGUUUUAUUUUUAAACCAGAUAACUUAAAUAAAAUUUCUCCUUAUAUUAUUGAUAAAUUCCACUACAUAAAUAUAAGUCAUACAAUUCCUUAUAUAUCUUUUAUUAUAUAUUUAGUUGAUCAAAUAAAAAUAUAUAAAUUUGUAAAAAAAAAAAUUAUAAAAUUAUUUGAAGACCUUAUAAUUGAAACGCUAAAUUUUUUUAGAAAACAAAAUAAAACCAUUCGAACCAUUAAAAAUAAAAAAAACUUUUACGAAAAAGAAGAAAUUAAGAGAGAAGAUAAUAUAGAAGAAGGUGAUUCAAAUAAAGGUGACUACUUCAAUAAUAUUAAUAAGGAAAAGAAAAGUAUACUUGUUGUUGAUGAUUUUAAAAACGAAAAAAAAUCAAAUGAUAAUUAUAGAGAACAAAAUGAAGAAAAAAAAAAUAGUGAUAAAAAAUAUGAAAAUAAAAGAAAUUAUGAAUAUAAAAGACAAAGUAUAUAUGAAGAAGAAGGUUUUAGAAAUAUAGAUGAAAAUGAAGAAAGUAAAGAUAAUAAGAAUGAAGAAGAAGAAGAAAAAGAAGAAGAAAAAGAAGAAGAAUCUAAACUCUUCAGUGAAGAUAUUAUUGAAUUUUAUCAAGAUAAUAAUAUACCUAUAAAAAUUCAUAUAAAUACUUUAAUAUUGAAUUUUGUUAAAUUUAUUGAGUACUUUUUAAUUUUAUUAAAAGAGAAAAAAGGAUUUGAUAAAAAAAUAAUUGAUAACCAUUUAAAUAAUAUCAUAACUAUUAGUUUUAUAUAUUCAUUUACUUCUUUUAUGAGUAACAAAUUAAGAAAUGAUUUUGAAAAUUAUAUUUUUAAAUAUAUUAAUAAUAUAUCAAUUAUUCCACGAAAUACCUCCUUUGUGCAUAUUUAUUAUAAUAUUGAGACUAAUAAAAUUUUAAAACAAGAAAAAAUAUAUAAAAAUGAGUGUAUAAUGAUUGAUAAAAAAAAAUUAAUAAAUAAUCUAUUAAUAGCUAAUAAUAAUUAUUUCAUUUUUGAAGAUAUACAUUUAUUAUCUAUAAAAAAUUUUUUGAAAAUGUCUUGUAAUUUAAAUAUGCCUUUUAUAAUAAUGGGUUGUUCAAAUUCUGCAAAAUCAUUAUGCACCUACAGUUAUUUAAAUUCAUAUAAAAAAAAGAAAAAUAGUAUUUAUAAUUUUAUGUUUUGUUUUAAUUAUUCAUUUAAUUACAAUCAGAUAAUUCAAAAAUUAAAAAAAAAAUUUGAUUUUUCUAAUAAUUGUAUAUCAGACGAAUUGACAAUUUUUAUAGAUGAUAUAAAUUGCCUAAAAAAUGAAAAUUCAUUAAAUACUAUGGAAUUUUUAUAUAAUUUAAUAAAAUAUAAUGAUUUUUUUGAUAUUGAAUCUAAUAAAAAAAUAAUAUUAUCCAACAAGAAAAUAAUUUGUUCAUUAAAUAAUGAAAAUAUUACAAUCACAGAAAAUAAUAAUAAUAAUAGUUUUUCUAAAUUGUAUAAAAAUUUUUUUAUUUUUAAUCUUUCUAUCUUAACAAUAAAAGAUAUAAAAUAUCUUUAUUCUAAUAUUAUAGAAUCCUUAUUUCAAAAAUAUAAUUUUUGUGAUGAAAUAAUUAAUGAAUGCAAUAAUUUUAUUAAUUGUAUUUUAGAUAUAUUCGAAGGAAUAAUAAAGAUAAAAGAAAAAAAUAAAUUUUAUUUUUACACAAAUAAAAUUAAUAACAUAAUAAAUUAUUUAUUACUAUAUGAUAAAGAAUGUAGUAAUAGCAUUAAUGAUAUUUUAAUAUUAUUUCAAAAUGAUUUUUAUAGAAUUUUUUGUCAGCAUAUUAUUUCUUAUAAGGAUAGAAUAAGUUGUAUGGAAAUUAUUAAAAAUAAUUUUGAUAAAUUCUUUAAUAAAUAUAUGAUUUAUAAAAAUGACGACUUAUUUUUAAAUUCAAACAUGGAUAUUAUAAUUGAAAAUAAAAGUAAUUUAUAUAAUGAAUCAUCUGGUAAAUUAAAUAUAUCUUAUUUAAGAACCUUUUUUGAACAUAGCAAUUUAGAAAUAUUUUAUAAAGAUGUAAUAAAUUUAAUAUUAACAAUUAAUAAUUAUCUUAUUAUAAACAGAACUAAUAUCAUUUUCAUUAAUCAUCAAAAGGAUUUAUUAUCAAAACUAAUUACUAUUUAUUGUCAAUAUAAAAGUUAUAAUUGCGUCUUUUUACAAGAAGACUUAGAAUGUAUUAAAAAACAGAUCAAAGAUACUUAUAAAAAAACAAUUCAUUUAUUAAAUAAAAAUAAUGAAAAUUUUAAUAAUAACGAAAAUAGUUACAAUAAUGAAGAAAAUAAGAAUAUAGAUAAAAGUAAUAAUAAUUAUAAAAAUAAUAAUCAUAAAAAUUAUGAUAAUAAGAAUAUUUUUUUUUCUAAAAUUAUAGAAAAUGAUGAAUAUUUAAAUUUAUUUGAUAACGUUAUUUAUAAUGGUAAUUUAGAUAUUUUAUAUGAGGAUUUUUUAAAUGAAUUUUAUUUGGAGAUUAUAAAUAUUAUUAAACAUCGAGAAAUUAAUAUUGAGGGUAAUUUUGAUAAUUAUAUAAUUCCUUUAUUAUUAGACAAAAAUCAUUUCUUAUUUUAUACCGAUGAUUUAUACUCUUUAUGUGAUAAUUACUACCAUAAAUAUAAAAAUUUAUUUAAAAGUUGUUAUUUUGCUUAUUUAAAUUUAUAUAAUCUUCAAGAUAAUAAUAUAUUCUUAUUAAAUUUGUCAUUACCGAUUUUUAAUUAUGUUAGAAAUACGAUAACAUAUUCAUUUAUGUUACCACCAGAGUGUAAAGAAAACAUUUUCUUUAAUGAUGUUGAUAUGAAAACUUCCUUUUAUUUUUCAAAAGUCAUUAAUAAUUUAAAUAAUAUAAUAAAAAAUAAAAAAAAAAAUAUUAAAAUAGAAAAUAUAAUUUAUAAUAACUCCAUUUCAGACUUAAUUAAAAGCACAUACGAAAUGUAUUAUAAAUUUAAAAAAGAACAUUUGGAUGAAUUAUUAUAUAAAAAAGAAGAAUAUAAAAGAAUAAUAAAUAAUUUGUUUGAUUCAAAUGUAGUUAAUAGAAUAAAAGAAAUUAAAAUACAUAUAAAAAAAAUUAAAAGAGAAAUUAAUAAAGUUCAAAACUCUAUAAAUGAACAAUUAAUAAAAUAUAAGAAAGAUAUUUUAAAAACAAGAGAUAAUUUAAAAAGAAUUACAAAAAAAGAUUUUGAAUAUUUUAAAGAAAAUAAUGAAACUAAUUAUUUAGGACUUUUGAAAAUUUUAUAUUUAUAUAUUAAUAAAAAAAAUGAUCAAAAUUUUAUAAAAAAUACAUUUAAUUAUAUUUACUUUAUAAAGAGAAUUAAAAAUAUAGAUGAAAAUAAUAUUAGCAAAAACAUUAUUUUAAAAUAUGAAAAUAUUUCUAAUGUAGACAAAUUUCUAAAGUAUAAAUUCAUUUUUAUUCUUCAUUCUUUUAUUGUUUCAAUUAAUGAAUAUGUAAAAAAAAAAGACUCUUUAAAUAAUGAAUAUCAAAAAAUACUUCAUUUAGAAAAAGAAAUAUCUUCUUUAAAUGAUGAAAUAAAUACUAUACAAAGUAAUGCUAUUUCUCCUGAUUCUCUUACAAUAUUAGAAGAAUUAAUAUCAUUUUACAAGGAUAUCAAAAAAAAUAUAAAAAAUAAAAAAACAUUUCUUAUUUAUAAAUCUAUUUUAUUUAAUUAUUGUUCUUCUUUCAAUUAUAAAGAAAAAACAAAAUUUCUAAAAUUAUUAAUUAAUGAAAGAAAGAAAUAUUUAAAUUUAUGUGACAUUUCGGAAUACAUGAAUGGAAAAGAAGGAGAAGAAGAAAAAGGAGAAGAAAAAGAAGAAGAAGAAAAAGGAGAAGAAGAAGAAAAAGAAAAAGGAGAAAAAGAAAAAGAAGAAAAAGAAGAAAAAAAAGAAGAAAAAAAUAUAAAUACAAAAUAUUUAUUAAAUUUUAAAAAUUUUAUUGAUAAUCCUUUUCUAAACAAAUAUGGAGAAAUGAAGUUGUGUAAUGAUGAUAUGAUAAUGUUUAACUGCCAUUUAUUAGAUAACAUAAAAGAGAAAAUAAUAAUAUGUGUUGAUUCUUUUUAUCAAUUAAAAAAAUACAUUUUGAGAAAAUUACAAAGAGAAAAAAAAAAAUAUUGUUAUAUAAAAUAUCAGUAUUUUUAUAAUAUAUCUUCUUUUCAUUCUGGAGAAAAUAUAAAUCCUGAAUAUGAGGAAAAAGAAGAAAAAGAAGAAAAGAAAGAAAAAGAAGAAGAGAGAGAAAAAGAAGAAGAGAAAGAAAAAGAAAAAGAGAAAGAAAAAGAAAAAGAGAAAGAAAAAGAAGAAGAGGAAGAAAAAAGUUAUAAUAAUAAAGAUGGAAAAAUUAGAAAAUUCUUAAAUGACAUAGAAUGUUACAAAAACGAUAAUUUUUUUUUGAUUUUCAAGGGGGUAGAUGAAAAUAUAUAUAAAAUUUUAAAUAAAAAAAUUAUUAAUACUAUUUAUAUUUUUUUAGAAAAUUUUGAAGAAAUCGAUUUAGAAAAAAUCUAUCAUAGUUAUCAUGUUAUUUAUUGUGAUUACAAAAAAAAGAAUAUUCUUAAUUUAUUAUUAUAUUAUUAUAAUAAAAUGAAAAAUAUAAAUUUAACUAGUAAUUUUCCAACAGUUGAAAAAGAAACAUAUGAAAAAAAAAUUAUCAAUAUAUCAAUAAAUUUUUUAAAUAAAAAAAUUAAUGAAAAAGAAAUGAUAGAAGAAUUUAGAAAGGAAAAAGAAAAAUAUAGAGUAAUUUUAAAUAAUAUUGAUAUAAAAACUAAAGAGGAAAAAAAUAUAAAAAAUAAUUUCAUUAUAAUCUAUGUAUUCUAUUUGUUAAUACAAAUUAUAAAAACAUGGAAAAAAAAAUAUAAUAUCUCAAAUUUAUAUUUUUUAAAUAUUGUUAAAAUGUUUUAUCAACAAUUUGAUGUAAAAAAGAAAGAUUCAGAAAAAGACAUUUUAAACUUUUUUUAUUUUUAUAUAUUGUCAUAUGUGGAUAAUAAAAAUAUUUUAACUGUUAAUUUUUUACUUAGUCUUUUUUUAGAUAUUUAUUUAUAUAAAUAUGUAAAACUAAAAGACAUAUUUUUAUUUUUUAGAAAUUAUAAUAAUAAAAAUGAAAAAAAAAUACUUCAAGAAAUUGAAAAUAAAUAUAAGCAAAAAAUAAUUAAAAAUAAAAAAAGAAAAAAUGAAAAUGAAGAAAAAGAAAUAGAAGACAUUUUCAUAAAUGAAAGGAGUAAUAAAAUUAGAAAAUCAUUAGAAAUUUUAGAAAAAAAGCAAAAUGAACAUAAUCCUCUUAAUGAUGAAGAAAACAUAUAUAUUGGGAAAGCAAAAUGUAACAAUAUGAUUGGAAAAAAUAAUUAUUAUAAUGUUAUUGAAGAUUAUUAUAGUGAAAUAUAUGAAAGUUCUUUUGAUGGCAAUAAUAUUUAUGAUAAUGAUUAUGAUUUAGUUGAAGAUGGACUAAAAAAACAAGAAGAAAAAAAAUUAGAGGAAGAAAGAGUACAAGAAUAUCGAAAAGAAGAUAAAGAAAAAAUAAAACUAACAAAAGAUGAAAAUAAUUUAAAGGAAUUAAUAAUUAAUUUUGAUGAACCCUUUAAAUUACUUUAUAAAAAAAGAGAGAAAUUAAAAAAUUUGCUUUACGAAAAAUCAUCAGAAAGUAGUGAAGAAUCUCACUAUUGCUCCAAUUACAGUGAAGAUGAUAUAUAUAAAUUAGAAAAAGAAAGUCAAAAAAUCAAUAAAUUAUCUAUAACUUAUUAUUCAGAAGAAUUAAUUGAAUUAAGAAACUCAAAAAAAAAAAUUUUUAAAAGGUUAUUGAAAAGUAUAAAUGAUAAUAAAAAUGAAUGGGAUAAAUAUAUAAAAAAUAAUGAUCGUACUUGUAAUAAUAUAAAUGAUUUUCCCUUAAAAGAAUUAAACAAUUCUUCCUUGUAUUAUUACAGAUUACUAAUUGAUAAAAUUAUAAAAAAAAAUGAUUUAGAUAUUUCUAUUAAUAAUUACAUAUUUAUAAAAUUAUCAAAUCUUUAUGUUAAUAAGAAAAUAAUUUAUUGUAACUUUUAUAAUUUUAUAAAUAAAAAUAUUAAUAGUACUAUUUUUUUAAGCGAAACAAAAAACUUAAAUAAAACAAACGACAAUAUAGAAGAUUUGAGUAAAAAUAUAGAAGAAAAAAAAAACAUUUUAUUUGAUGAAAUAAAUAAUAAUAAUUAUUUUAAUAAAGUUUUUAAUGAAAAAAAAAAAAUUAUUAUUAUUGUAGAAAAAAAUAAAUAUAGUUUCAUAUUAUUAAAAAUUCUUUUAAAUAGUAAUAAUGUGUCUUUUCUAGAUUUGAAAAAUGAUUUUGAAAUAAAAUUGACAGAUAUUAUUGUAGUAGAUAUUACACAUAAAGAAGACAGUUAUAAAUUAGAAAUUUUAAUAAAUAAUAAUUUGAACAAAAUUUUCAUAAUAUUUUAUUACGAUAUUAACACAGUUACAUUUUCUAUAGUAAAAAAUUCUAUCUUAAUUAAUUUUGAUUUCAGCUCAUAUUUAAUCAAUUAUUUUAAUUACUUAUAUUAUAUCAUUAAAUCAUUAAAUUACAAAAAUGUAAAUGAUAACAAUAUUAACUCAAAAUACAUAUUUUAUGUAAUUUUAUUUUUUACUAUAAUAAAUGAGAAGAUAAAUUUAGAAAAUUUUCAAUUAGAUUUAGAUUUAAUUAAUGAAAUGACCUUUUUAAUUGAUAUUUUUUGCAAUGUAGUUGACUCGAUAAAAGUAAAAGAAGAAGAAAAGUAUAAGGAAUUUUUUUAUAAUUAUUUUAAAUUAUUUUUAGAAUUUUUAUUUUCAAAAAAGUUUCUAUUAAUAAAAAAUAUGAUAUAUUCUGUUUUACACAAUUUUUUCUCUAAUCAUAUGAAUAAAAAUGCUUUGUCAAAUAUAAAUAGUAUCUUAAAAAUACCUAUUAAUCUUAAUGAUAUAGAUGAAUUAACUGAUUAUAUUCAAAAGAAUUUUCAUUUAAUUCAAGAAUUUUCACAACAAAAUAUAACUUAUCAUAUAUGUGAGAUUGACUAUCAAAUUAAAUCACUAAAAAAAAUUUUUAUUUCUAGUUCUUUCUUUAUUAACAAAUUUGAAAAAAUAGAAAUUUUUAAAUUAGUGUUAUCAUAUUUUGAUAUUUUCUCUACUUACACUUAUAUAAAACCAUCUAUUAAUGCAACUAUCAAAUUGAUAUAUUUAACUGAAGAAUAUAAUACUUUGUUGUAUUAUAUAUCUAAAAUAAAAAAGGAAAUUGAAUAUUUCCUGAAAAUCUUGAAAUUAAACAAAUCAAUAGAUAAUUAUUAUUUUAAUAUGAAAAAUAUUUAUUUAAAAUUGAAGACACCUAAAAAAUGGAAUAUUUUUGGUGAAAAAGAAAAAAAUUUUACAAAUUUUUUAACAAAUAUUGAAUCAAAAUUAAAAUAUUUUAAAGAAAUUAUUAACAAAGAACAAAGAGGUGGCAAUAAUUUAUAUAAUAUUUCCAAAUUCAGAAAUCCUUUACUAUUUUUUUAUUCACUUUUUUUUACUUGUGCAAUUAAUAUGAAUACAAAAAUAGAAAACUUAAAUAUUUGUUUUAAAUAUUCUGAAGAAAUUAAUACAAAUGAUGAUGGUAUAUGGUUAGAACCUAUAAAAAUAUAUAAAAGUAAAUUCGUGAAAUUACCUAAUAAUAUAUAUCAUAGUAGAAUUCAUAAAAAGAAUUAUAUAUACUUUAAAUAUUCAAAUAAAAUAGAAGAAAAUAAUAUAGAAAAUGAUAAUAACUCUAUAUAUGAGUAUAAUGAAGAUAUAAUAAAUAAAAAUAUAAAUGAUGAAAAUAAUAUGAAUUUUACUAGUAAUUAUGAAGAAUUUAAAAUAAAACAAGAAAAUUUUUAUUACAAUUCACCAUAUAUAUUGAUUAAAAUAAAAAAGAAAAAAAAUGAAAAUUUAGAAAAAGUUAAUGGAAAUAAUUAUGAUGAAAAGAAUAAUAAUAUUACUAAUGAAUUAAUUCAAUUGGAAAAUAACAAUUUAAAUUCAUUUUUUGAGUUAUUUAAAAAUAAUGAUGAAUAUGAUAAUAAUGAUUUUGUCUAUUAUUGCCCAAUUUUUAAAUUUAAUCCAUCUACCAAAAAAAAUAAUAAAUUAUUAUUUUUUUUACCUUUGCCUUGCAUAUCUAAUAAAAUAAUUUACAAAAAAUUUAAAGUUCAUAUGUUAUUAGAGUAA